GUGAAAAAUCUUACGUCUCCGAGGAAAGCAAUAACCUUUGAAAUGGCAAAAGUGAGAACUAGAGGCUGCGUUUUAUCGUCCAUUUUAUGUUAUGCCUUAAUUGGAACUGUAGUCAUUGCUAGACAUGUGAGAGAUAAUAACGAUGAGUUGGCAGUGAUUAGUACGGGUAGUAUAAAAGGGGGUAGUGGGGGUGGGGGUGGAGGCAGCGGAGGUGGUGGCGGUGGUGGCGGUGGAGCUGGUGGCGGCGUAGGUGGUGGAGUUGGCGUUGGAGCUAGUGGCGGUGCAGGUGGUGGAGUAGGCGGUGGAGCAGGUGCUGGCGCAAGUGGCGGAGUUGGAAUCGGAGCUGGUGGGGGAGCUGGUGGUGGUGUUGGGGGUGGAGGUGGGGGCGGCGUGGGUGGUGGAGUUGGCGGUGGCGCUGGAGGAGGCGCAAGUGGUGGCAUUGGGGCUGGAGCUGCUGGCGGCGCAAGUGGAGGUGUUGGAGGCGGAGCAGGUGGAGGAGUUGGAGGCGGAGGAGGUGGCGGUGUUGGCGGUGGAGUCGGUGGUGGUGUACGCGGUGGAGUUGGUGGUGGUGUUGGGGGUGGAGCAGGUGGCGGGGCAGGUGGCGUAGUUGGCGGUGGAAUUAUUGGUGGAGCUGGUGGUGGCGUAAGUGGAGGAGUUGGCGGUGGAGCUAGUGGCGGAGUAAGUGGUGGAGUUGGCGGUGGAGCUGGUGGUGGUGCUGGCGGUGGAAUAAGUGGUGGUGCGACUGGUGGUGUGGGCGGUGGAGCUGGAGGAGGCGCAGGUGGUGGAAUUGGUGCUGGAGCUGCUGGCGGCGCAAGUGGAGGAGUUGGAGGCGGAGCAGGUGCAGGAGUUGGAGGCGGAGCAGGUGGCGGUAUUGGCGGUGGAGCCGGUGGUGGUGUACGCGGUGGAGUUGGUGGUGGUGUUGGGGGUGGAGCAGGUGGCGGGGCAGGUGGUGGAGUUGGCGGUGGAAUUAUUGGUGGAGCUGGUGGUGGCGUAAGUGGAGGAGUUGGCGGUGGAGCUAGUGGCGGAGUAAGUGGUGGAGUUGGCGGUGGAGUUGGCGGUGGAAUAAGUGGUGGUGUGGGCGUGGGCGGUGGAGCUGGAGGAGGCGCAGGUGGUGGAAUUGGCGCUGGAGCUGGUGGCGGCGUAAGUGGAGGAGUUGGAGGCGGAGCAGGUGCAGGAGUUGGAGGCGGAGCAGGUGGCGGUAUUGGCGGUGGAGCCGGUGGUGGUGUACGGGGUGGAGUUGGUGGUGGUGUUGGGGGUGGAGCAGGUGGCGGGGCAGGUGGUGGAGUUGGCGGUGGAAUUAUUGGUGGAGCUGGUGGUGGCGUAAGUGGAGGAGUUGGCGGUGGAGCUAGUGGCGGAGUAAGUGGUGGAGUUAGCGGUGGAGUUGGCGGUGGAGCUGGUGGUGGUGCUGGCGGUGGAAUAAGUGGUGGUGCGGGAGGUGGUGUGGGCGGUGGAGCUGGAGGAGGCGCAGGUGGUGGAAUUGGUGCUGGAGCUGCUGGCGGCGCAAGUGGAGGAGUUAGAGGCGGAGCAGGUGCAGGAGUUGGAGGCGGAGCAGGUGGCGGUAUUGGCGGUGGAGUUGGUGGUGGUGCUGGCGGUGGAAUAAGUGGUGGUGCAGGAGGUGGUGUGGGCGGUGGAGCUAGAGGAGGCGCAGGUGGUGGAAUUGGUGGUGGAGCUGCUGGCGGUGCAAGUGGAGGAGUUGGAGGCGGAGUAGGUGCAGGAGUUGGAGGCGGAGCAGGUGGCGGUAUUGGCGGUGGAGCUGGUGGUGGUGUACGGGGUGGAGUUGGUGGUGGUGUUGGGGGUGGAGCAGGUGGCGGGGCAGGUGGUGGAGUUGGGGGUGGAAUUAUUGGUGGAGCUGGUGGUGGCGUAAGUGGAGGAGUUGGCGGUGGAGCUAGUGGCGGAGUAAGUGGUGGAGUUGGCGGUGGAGUUGGCGGUGGAGCUGGUGGUGGUGCUGGCGGUGGAAUAAGUGGUGGUGCGGGAGGAAGUGUGGGCGGUGGAGCUGGAGGAGGCGCAGGUGGUGGAAUUGGUGCUGGAGCUGCUGGCGGCGCAAGUGGAGGAGUUGGAGGCGGAGCAGGUGCAGGAGUUGGAGGCGGAGCAGGUGGCGGUAUUGGCGGUGGAGCCAGUGGUGGUGUACGCGGUGGAGUUGUUGGUGGUGUUGGGGGUGGAGCAGGUGGCGGGGCAGGUGGUGGAGUUGGCGGUGGAAUUAUUGGUGGAGCUGGUGGUGGCGUAAGUGGAGGAGUUGGCGGUGGAGCUAGUGGCGGAGUUGGCGGUGGAGCUGGUGGUGGUGCUGGCGGUGGAAUAAGUGGUGGCGUGGGCGUGGACGGUGGAGCUGGAGGAGGCGCAGGUGGUGGAAUUGGCGUUGGAGCUGGUGGCGGUGUAAGUGGAGGAGUUGGAGGCGGAGCAGGUGGAGGAGUUGGAGGUGGAGCAGGUGGUGGUGUUGGCAUUGGAGCCGGUGGUGGUGUACGCGGUAAAGUUGGUGGUGGUGGUGGGGGUGGAGCAAGUGGCGCAGCAGGUGGUGGAGUUGGCGGUGGAAUUGUUGGUAAAGCUGGUGGUGACGUAAGUGGAGGAGUUGGCGGUGGAGCUAGUGGCAGAGUAAGUGGUGGAGUUGGUGGUGGAGCUGGUGGUGGUGCUAGCGGUGGAAUAAGUGGUGGUGCACGAGGUGGCGUGGGCAGUGGAGCUGGAGGAGGCGCAGGUGGUGGAAUUGGGGCUGGAGCUGGUGGCGGCGCAAGUGGAGGAGUUGGAGGCGGAGCAGGUGGCGGUGUUGGCGUUGGAGCUGGUGGUGGUGUACACGGUGGAGUUGGUGGUGGUGUUGGGGGUGGAGCAGGUGGCGGGGCAGGUGGUGGAGUUGGCGGUAGAAUUAUUGGUGAAGCUAGUGGUGUCGUAAGUGGAGGAGUUGGUGGUGGAGUAGGCCGUGGAGGAGGAUUUGGAAAUAGAGGCGGCAAUGGUGAUCGAACUACUCAUCAUUAGUAGUUUAUAUGUGACAUGUUUAUUUAAGAUAUAAUACUUAUACGAGCACAUGUAUACUGGAGUUAUAAUUAUAUAAUAAAAGCAAAGGUGUGUUGAUAAUAUAUCCUAUGUCUUAUUAAGUUAUUAUUAUAGUGUUCAUUAGUAGCUAUUGAUUUAUAAAAAAUCAUGAACA